CUUUUCUGUAUUUUCCUGCCAGUUGUAACUGGAAACUGAUCGUGGAUAACGCAUCAGACGGUGGGUAUCAUCUGGAGUACGUUCACCGCGAUCUGUCCUCCAAUCUUGACCUCAGUACCUUCCGCACAGAGGUGGGAGACCUUUUUAACAUGCAGGAGUGCAUUGGCAAAGCAGACGGCGAUGAUAGUGUAAAGCGUCAGCGCAUUGGGACGAAGGCGGUGUACUCCUGUAUCUAUCCGAACCUGCUGGUUAACAGGUAUGGUCCCUGGUUGGACAUCAACAUCGUGCUUCCCCUGGGGCCUGACCGCUCUCUGAUGAUUUAUGACUUCUACCUGAAAGAGACAUUCGAGAACGAGAUGAGCAAAACAGAGUUGGCAAACUUCAUCGACCAGAGCCUUCAGGGCAGUGACCAGGUGUAGCAGGAGGACACGAGGGUGUGUGAGGGGGUUCAGAGGGGCAUGGAGUCCACUGCGUUCAACGUGGGGCGGUACGCGCCGGACCGGAAAUGCCCGUGCACGCCUUCCAUCUCCAACUGGCGCGGGAUCUGAGGGCAGGGCUGGAGUCAAUGGAUAGUUCCGACUAAAGGAAUCAUCUUAUAACGUAGGCAAAGCCAGUUGUGAGCUUUCUCCAUCAAUGUCAUUAUGGGGAAUUGUGCAGGGAUAUUUCUUAAUAAAGGAAUUUUCUUAACAUAGGCAAAGCCCGUUUUUAGCUGUCUCUAUCAAUUUCAUUACGGGGAAUUGUGCAAUUGAAUAAGGGGUGCAAUUGAAUAAUGUUAGAAUAUAAUAAUGGUGAA